AUGGGAAAUCAUUAAACUCUGAUAAAUUAUCAUGCCCCUUUGAAUUUUGCCUAUGAUCUUAGUGAAUAACUUAUUGGUUGGGGAAUGCUUUAACAUCCAGGUUUAGGUUAAAUAUAACUUUGGAAAAUAAAAGAAAUUAAUCAACCUCUACUAUUUUCUUAACAUUAGUCUCUUUUAAGAUAAACUUUUUGUGAAACUGUCCCUUAAAUAUAUUUUCGAUGCAAUACUUCUCAUAAUUUAUAAAAUAAUUAGUCAAUAAAUCAAUCUCCUUUUUAAAAUUUACUCCAAUUAUUACCAUUUUUGAAGUAUUAUUCACCUAUAUAUUUAGAAUAAAGAAACAAUGA